CACACCUGCCAAGCACUUCAAUCACCCCUGCCCUCACCCUGCGACUCACACAGACAUCAGCAUGAAGUUGUCACUGCUAAUGUUAAUAGGUCUGGCGAUAAUGAUGACAGCCACGGAAGGCCGCCGCACCUCCAAGGAUGAGUCCCACAGGUUCAAGAGAGAUAAUGAUGAAAAAGAAGAUAAAGAUGAUAACAAGGACGAGGACAGCGCCGAAGACGAUGAUGAUGAUGAUGACGAUGAUGAUGAUGAUGAUAAUGCCAAGAAAGAUGAUAAGAAGAAGGACGAUAAGGACGACAAAGGCGGCGAUAAGGAUGACAAUAAAGAGAAAAAGCCGAAAGAUGACUAAAAGGCCAAAUGUUGCCACCGAAAGAAAAUGAAAAAGACGAUGAUGAUGAUGAAGAUAGAUGUUAAAAAUAGGGCAUAAUGUAAUAACCAUUACCUCGCCUUUCCUUAAAAAAAAUAGUUAUUGUAUUUCAUAUAAUGAUGUAUCUAAAUACUUCUCGUUUUACCUAUUCGAAGAAAAUUUCGACCCGUGAAUAUUUUUUGUCUACUAAUCGAAUAAUAAUAAAUUAAUUACAAUGAUUGAUAUUCCAGUAAUUUGUUUAGCAGCUUCUGUACUUGACUUUAUGUAGCAAUAAAUUACGCUUGUUUUAGAAGAGCAUAAUGAUA